AAUGAACAUUUGCAAAAGAUCCUGACUCCUGCGUGAAUCAUUGAUUUGGGGCAGUCAAAGAUAAACACAAGUCCCUUUUAAAGUAAAGCCUAGGAGGGGAAAUUCGUUUCUUGAACCCAAUCCUCUCCAUCUGUCAUCUGCCAUGCCAACCGUCAACGUCGACAAGGAGGAGCUCUACACCGCUCUCGGAAAAGAGUAUACUUUCGAUGAGUUCCUGGACCUCUGCUUCAACUUUGGUAUUGAACUCGAAGAGGAUACCUCUGCAAAAGAGAUGGCUAUCCGUGAGGUCGGUGCCCACAAAGUCGAUGACAGUGUAUCGGACAGGCCCAUUCUGAAAAUCGAUAUCCCUGCUAACCGUUAUGACUUGCUAUGCCACGAGGGCAUUUCACGGUCCUUGUUAGUCUUCCAAGGCAAGUCCAGACCUCCAGUCUACAAGCUUGUUGAUCCUCCUAACGGUCAGGCCCACCAAAAGCUGAUUGUCAAGAAAGAGACUGCACAAAUUAGACCUUUCGCUGUCUGUGCUGUUCUCAGGGAUAUCAAAUUCACAGAUCUCAACUACAAAAACUUCAUCGAUCUACAGGAUAAGCUUCACAUGAACAUCUGCAGGAAGCGUACACUGGUUUCAAUGGGAACCCAUGAUCUCGACACGAUCAAAGGUCCCUUCACUUAUGAAGCACUGGCACCCAAGGAUAUUCAAUUUGUGCCUCUGAAUCAAGAGAAGAGCAUGAAUGGCGAGGAAUUGAUGUCUUUCUAUGAAUCUGAUAAGCAUUUGGGCAAGUUCUUGCAUAUCAUCCGCGACUCGCCUGUUUACCCCAUUAUCUACGACUCAACCCGCCAGGUCUUGUCUUUGCCACCAAUCAUCAACAGCAACCACUCCAAGAUUACGCUUGAUACGAAGAAUGUCUUCAUUGAGGUCACAGCCACCGAUCUUACCAAGGCCAAGAUCGUCCUCAACACCAUUGUUGCUAUGUUCUCCGAGUAUUGCGCCCAGCCUUUCACUGUCGAGCCUGUUGAAGUGGUCUAUGAGGAUAACCGCCAGCCUCCUACUCUCACUCCCGAUCUUUCAUCUCGCACUACUUCUGCCAAGGUUGAUUACAUCAAUAGCUGCACAGGAUUGAAAUUGAGCCCUGAUGAUAUUUGUGAUUUGCUCAACAAAAUGUCCUUGGAAGCUACGCCUAGCAAGGAGGAUGAAAAUGAGAUUGUAGUCCAGGUUCCAGUGACGCGCUCAGAUAUUCUUCAUCAGUGCGACAUUAUGGAGGAUGUUGCAAUUGCCUAUGGCUUUAACAACUUGCCUCACUCUGCACCUUCAGUCAGCACUGUUGGAAAGCCCUUUCCACUUAAUAAGUUGGCAGAUAUUGCGCGUCUUGAAUUGGCAUUGGCUGGCUGGAGCGAGGUUAGCCCUUUGACGCUUUGCUCCCAUGAUGAGAAUUUUGCUUUCUUGCGACAGAAGGAUCCUGGUAAUAUCGCCGUGCGUUUGGCUCAUCCCAAGACAAUUGAAUAUCAGGUGGUGCGCACAUCACUCUUGCCUGGUGUGUUGAAGACAUUGAAAGAGAACAGGAAGCAUUCAUUGCCCAUCAAAGUCUUUGAAGUUGGCGAUACGGCUAUUAAGGAUGAUAGCAUGGAGCGUCGCUCACGUAACGUUCGUAAAGUCUGCGCUACUUACUCCAACACAACCAGCGGAUUGGAGCAGAUUCAUGGACUGCUUGAUCGUACUCUCCAGAUGUUGCAUGCUCAGCUCGUAGACAAGAACGGAACCGCCUCUGGUUAUUGGGUCCAAGAUUCUGACAACCCAACGUACUUCCCUUCAAGAUGUGCCGACAUCUAUCUCCGCCAGAAAGGAGAGACCAAAGUCAUUGGAACACUUGGUAUUCUCCAUCCUGAAGUCUUGGAGAAGUUCGGUUUCAACUUCCCAACCUCUGCUUUUGAGUUUGAGCUCGAGCAUUUCCUGUAAACUAUCAUAGAGGCAGCCUUGUAACAUCGAUCGAUGUAUAGAGUCUACCCACAGAGUGAAAGACAGAUUUAAAAUAAAGGAUUUAAAAAGAUAAAAAUAAAAAAUAAAAAGGCUAUUGGAUAUUCAAG